AUGGAAUCAGAGCAACCCGAAGUUCGUAGGCGUGGACGCCCGCGCGUCUUUGCGUCAGAUGCGGAGCGCCAAAGAAAUCAUCGUAGCAUCGAAGGAGAAAGGCGGCGUGCUCUGCGUCUAAGCGCAGAUGCAGAACGUCAUUUGCUCGAACGCCAGAACGAGGACGCCGAGCAUCGCUCCAUCAGACGCACCCAAGACUCGCAGCGUCAUCGCGAAGAACGCGAAGUUCAAGAGCACAGCAGCGUUCUGAAAGACGAUUUGCUAAUGCUCAACGUGAACAGAGACGGCGUGAGGGAGAAAAUGAUGAAGAGCGCGCACGACGUCGAUCCGAGAACAUGCAACGGCAGCGAAGGAGUCGUGUUGUGGAAAGCGAGGAAAGUCGAUCUGCACGUCGUCGCCAGAACACACUUCGUCAGCAGAGACGACGAGAGGCUGAAAGUGCCGAAGAGCGUGAACAGCGCCUUUUGGAACAAAAUCGGCGUCAGCAGAGGCUACUGCAGAAUGAGACACCUGAUGAGGGCGUUGAACGCCGAAGAAGAGACGCGCUGCGACAGAGAUUGCGCCGAGCGCAACAAAACGCUGAAGGAGAGGAGGAAGCAGAAUAUGUGCAGGAAAACAUCGAGGGUCAGCAGCAAGGCGAACGGACAUUGGAUAUAA